GGUCCCUUAGAUAUGUACCGGAACCCGGGGGCCUCGGGGCCCCCGCUCCGGGACUUCAACAGCAUCAUCCAGACGUGCAGCGGCAACAUCCAGCGGAUCAGCCAAGCCAGAGAAAUAACUUGUACAUGCUGCUAAGGACUAAGUUGUUCAGUUUCUACUUAGGAGAAGAGUCACUCAGCAAUCACCUGGAAGAUUUUGCUUAAUUAUUGUUUCUUAACAGACUUAGAGGCUAUUAACACAUCUGUGUUUUUGUAAGCUACUUGCAAUAGAAGACAGGGAAUGCUCUUAAAAUGCAAGCGUGUAAACAAACAAAAAAGUCGUACAAUAAAAUUCCAAGCUCUGCAAAUGAAUGAAUGAAUGAAUCUCCUUCGUCCUCCCUACCAACCAGAAAAAGAAAAUAGAAAGCAGGACAUGGGAAAUCAGGGACUCUGUUCCUGUUGCAGAGCUGCUCAGAUAAAGAAUUUGAUGAGCCAACUAGGAACUAAGCAAGAUUCAAGCAAGCUACAGGAAAAUCUGCAACAGUUACAGCACUCUACAAAUCAGCUUGCCAAGGAAACAAAUGAAUUACUGAAGGAAUUAGGGUCCUUGCCCCUUCCUUUAUCUACUUCAGAACAGCGCCAGCAGAAACUUCAGAAGGAACGUCUCAUGAAUGACUUCUCUGCAGCCUUAAACAAUUUCCAGGCUGUGCAGAGAAGGGUAUCUGAAAAGGAAAAGGAGAGUAUUGCCAGAGCAAGAGCUGGAUCUCGUCUUUCUGUGGAGGAGAGGCAAAGAGAGGAGCAGCUCGUCUCAUUUGACAGCCAUGAGGAGUGGAACCAGAUGCAGAGCCAGGAGGAUGAGGUGGCCAUCACUGAACAGGAUUUGGAACUUAUUAAAGAGAGGGAAACGGCAAUUCGGCAGCUGGAGGCUGAUAUUUUGGAUGUCAAUCAGAUAUUUAAAGAUUUGGCGAUGAUGAUCCAUGACCAAGGUGAUCUCAUUGACAGCAUAGAAGCCAAUGUGGAAAGCUCAGAGGUGCAUGUAGAAAGAGCCACUGAUCAGUUACAGCGAGCUGCUUACUAUCAGAAAAAAUCUCGCAAGAAGAUCUGUAUCCUGGUGCUUGUCCUGUCAGUGAUUAUUGUAAUCUUGGGACUUAUUUUGUGGCUAGUUAAUAAAUGAAGUGAUUGCCUCCGAGCCUUCUCCUGCUGAGCUGUUUUCAAGGGCAAGUGCUUGCUGGAGUCUUGCCAGAACAAACUGAUCACAAGAAGACAGAAUACACCAGAAUGUCCUGUAAUAAUUUAGUUAGAAACUAACUACUAACUAGUCCUUGGAAUUAGUGACCUGUGGAGACAGUAUUUAUCAAUUUAUGUAUACAUUUUAUUGAUUUCUCAAAUUAAGAAUUAAUUUAUGUGGAUUUUGCUUUCUCUUAUACUCUGAUUGCCCUUCGUCCCAAGUGUUUACUGAAAAUUACAUUCUAGAUAUUCUUGUUUUGGUAGGUAACACUAUAGUCUUGUAAUAAUUGUCUUUCUAUGUACAUACAAGAUUUACCUUUUUACUAGCAACUGAGAUAGAAUUACUUUCUGUCACCCAGCAUAUUGGAGUCUGUCAGAAACUGUAUAAUAAGCCAGCAAUUUUUAUUAUUUAAUAUUUGUUUGAAUUUCUAAGAAGCCUGCCCCCUAUAUGCUUUGGAAGGUUUUGGCAAUGUAUUUAACUAGAGAAUAAAAAAUUGCACAGGUGAUCCAGAUUAAAUGAGAAGUAACUAUUUGAGCUGGUCAGCUGUUGGGGUGUGUGUUAAUCUGGGUUUAAGUUUAUUAUCUGCUAGUGUCAUCGACUGCAAUUCAUCCAUAUAUACACUAAAUGAUCUUGUUCACUUUUUGAAGAGUUUCAUUUAAUUAACAUUAUGAUUCUCUGUGGGGUUCCUCUCCCACCUGUCUGUAUAGAAGGGGAGAAUUAGACAAAGCGUUCUUCUGGAGAGCAAAUAGGAAUUGUUUGGAAUGAUUUAAUCUUUUGUUGUUGUUGCUCAGUUGUGGUUCUGCAUUCCUGGUAAAUGAUGAAUGUUGCCAUCAAAAGGCUGCCCCCUACCCUAAUAAGGUUUGCUGGGCAUUUGAUGGCAGGAAGAUUUUAAAAGCUAGACUGAAGUUGGUUUAAAAUUUAGUCCUGUGAACCUGGCGAUAAAGCAAAGGUUCUUUUUUGUAAAUAAUACUGGUUUGGAAUAGUGAUGUUAGACUUAUCCUAAUUUAUGAACAAGAGAUUAAUCUCUCCAUGCAUAGUUUUAGACAAAAAAUGUUUCAAUAAAAGAUUGCUGUCUUGUAACAUAAA